AAAACAUUAUUUGAGGAUACUCGCGGACCUCUAUCAAUAGCACUGGCAAAUAGCACCCUUGCUACAACCGAGCAGUUGAUAUUUGAGAUCAACGAACGGCGGAAGAAGGACCGAAAAGAACAUCAGGAAGAGAGAGCAAUGGACCAAAAAAUACGCCAGGAAGAGAGAGACCAGGACCGAGCAGAACAGAGGGAGAAAGAGCGCAAGCAACAGGAAGAGAGAGACAAGGACAGAGAAGAAAGAAACAGGGAGAGAGAAGAGCGGAGAGAGGAGUACAGACAAUUCUUUGCUUACAUGGAUAGCAAAACUACGGCCAUCCUAGGACAGGUCGACCAGAGGAUUGCUGAACAAGCCCAGGAAAUUAAAGAUAAAAUCUCCGAUGAUCUCAACAUCCGAAUGGAUGAGAUGUCCCUAAAUAUGGAGAGCAAACUUACCGAAUUGAACACAAGCUUGCGGGUCGACAUAACCAACGAAACCCAAAAGCUAGAAAAAUGA